ACAAAAUUUAUUUGCAGUCCUAAUAAAAAAAUUGUUGUGAGCUUCAAAUCUUGUGACCUUGACUUUGAACUGUGCUGACCUCGUGAGAGAAGAGUGUCUGCUGUGGAUAGAGAGUGAUGUUGCAGAAUGUGUUGGAGCAGUUGAGUAGUGUGAGCAGUGGACUAGACGGAGACUGGUCCGACCGGGUCAACUACUUCAUCACCUCCAGACUAUUCCUGGUGCUGGGCACUCUGGUGGUCACUCGGCAGUUCGUGGGGGAGUCCAUCAUCUGCUGGAGUCCGAACGAGUUCAACUCCCAGUGGCAACAAUAUGUGGACUCGUACUGUUGGGUGAUGAACACGAACUACCUACCCCUCACCUCCCAUCACGACGCUAUAAUAGACGGAUAUGCCCCCCGUCUGAUUCGAUACUACCAGUGGACACCGCUCAUCCUCUUCACACAGG